AUGGCGGGUGAAAUUCUAUAUAUAUAGUUAUAUUUUUAAAGAAGGACCUAGGCCCUUGUGCUGCCUACGGGGUUUUUAUGCUGUUUUUGUUCUCAACGAUGGUCAAUUGUUUCUGUUUAGACGCCUAAGAAAAAGGUUUUUUUGUGGAGAUUUUGACGCUGAUCAUCUGCCUUUGUCUUUCAGGAACAUUUUCUGUCAAGGAUAACCACACCAGCACAAGAAAUCGCCGAUGGGAUCGGUACAACAGAAGCCACCACACGAAAAGUCAACAGCCAACCAGACAGUGCCCAUUGCUGUCACAAACCUUUGUUGUCUCAGCUCGGGCUCUGAUUGUGGUUAAUAGCCAACCCAAUCACUUGCAGAACCACACACCACUAGGCACGACAGAAGAGAAUGUUUGUGUGAUCAGUCAAGAAAGAAAGUGGAGCCAUGAUCAGGCUCCUGUGAUAGAGCCUUUUUCUUCUCACAACCAGAAAGGCUCGAGGUUGUGUUCCUCUUCUUUUUUGUGUAUGUCCCAUUACAACCCAGAAUCAUUUAUUCCGCCUGAGCCCCACACACAAAAAAGUAGAUAGGAAUAAGCCAGGCUAAAGGUAGCCCUAGCUGUUGUGUGUGUUGGGGGAAAAAGGGCGGGUGCUGUGUGUGGGGGUUGGUUUGGCGAUGUCGCUGGGCUAUUUCAUGAACACGCGCUGGGGCGGACUGGCGGCAGCCGUAGCGGCACAGCAAGCGACCAACGACGAACUCCACGCUCUCAAUCCUUCAGCCAUCCCGCAUCACUACUCUGAGGAGAACAGCAAUCCGUUCGCCUUCACGUUGCCCUACGGCGCUCCGUUAUCGAUUGCCGGCGCCUAUCCUCCUCAGCACCACAAUCACAGCAGUGGUGCCACGACGGGCAAUAACGGUGGACCGACCUAUCACCAGCAACAACAACAACAACACCACCACCAUCCGCACAACGCUUUUGCGCCUUCAGUAGAACUCGGAGCCGCAUUGGGUCUAGCGGGUGGACCGUUGGAUCCUCUCCGUCUGACUUCUCCUUCUAUGCCACAUCUCUGUGGCCUCGACGAGAGGACGAUCGGACAUUUCAAAUCGCUUUAUCCUCCUCCGCCAUCUCUAAGUGGUGUAGGCCAAAUCGACGAUUCAUCGUCGAUGCUUUGGCAACCGCAUCAGCAAUCGUUGCCCGUCGCUGUGCCUCCUCAUCCUCAUCACUCUCUACCUCUGCCCACUUCCUCAUCCAAUACUCAUCCUUCGUUGAACUCGUUGGGGAACAACGGCCAACAGCAACAUUUGAACUCGCAUCCACCCGGAGUCGCUCUCUUGCCCAUUUUGACCCCGCACGUUCAAUCGUCAGAAAUGCCAAGCGACAGUCCACCUUCGCAGCAGCAGAGCUCGUCGUCGGGCAGUAAGAGCAACGGGACGGGCAAUGGAGUGGUGACAAAGCCAAAAGCCAAGCCACGACAACCAGAGGAGGUACUCAAGUACUUCAGCAACGUGCUGACGCCCUACGAGUGCCAGGAGAUCCUGAACUACCCCCAUGUCUACUUCAUUGGAGCCAUGGCUAAGAAGCGGCCCAUCAUGUCGACGCACAACUCGGGCUACGACGACGAACAAGACUCGUAUAUUCACGUUGUCCACGACCACGUGGCCUAUCGCUACGAGGUGCUCAAAGUCAUCGGCAAAGGUAGCUUCGGCCAGGUGGUGAAAGCCUACGACCACAAGAACCACGUCUACGUGGCGCUGAAGAUGGUCCGCAACCAGCCCCGUUUCCACCGCCAGGCCCAAGAGGAGAUCAAAAUCUUGGAGCAUUUAAAGAAGCAAGACAAGGACAAUAAGAUGAAUGUCAUUCAUUUACACGAUUGCUUCGUCUUCCGCAAUCAUGUCUGCAUCACCUUUGAGCUGCUCUCCAUCAACCUUUACGAGUUGAUCAAGAAGAACAAGUUCCAGGGCUUCAGCCUGCAGCUGGUCCGCAAGUUUGCCCAUUCGCUCCUUCAGUGUCUGGAGGCCCUCGCCCGCAACCGCAUCAUCCACUGUGAUAUGAAACCCGAAAACGUCCUCCUCAAGCAGCAGGGCCGCAGUGGCAUCAAAGUUAUCGAUUUUGGCUCGAGCUGCUACGAGAACCAUCGGGUCUACACGUACAUCCAGUCGCGCUUCUACCGAGCACCCGAAGUCAUUCUGGGCCUGCGCUACGGCCUACCCAUCGACAUGUGGUCGUUGGGGUGCAUCCUGGCGGAGCUCCAUCUCGGCUACCCUCUCCUGCCCGGCGAAGACGAGUCGGACCAACUGGCCUGCAUGAUUGAAUUGCUGGGCAUGCCGCCACCGAGGCUCAUCGAGCAAUCGAAAAGAGCUAAAAUGUUUUUCAGCUCCAAGGGAUACCCCCGCUACUGCAUGGCCACGACAAGGCCGGACGGCACCAUCGAGCUACAGGGCGGUUCGUCUAGACGAGGCAAACCGCGCGGACCACCCGGUUACCGGAGUUUGGCCACGGCCCUUAAAGCCAAAGGACAGGGCUACAAGGUCACUACCGCCAACAGCACGGCCAACGCAGCCGCUAACGGCGGCAUCAGCGCCGCCGAAUGGUCCGAAGACGAAACCCUCUUUGUCGACUUCAUCUCCCGAUGCCUUGACUGGGAUCCAGAGACCCGGAUGACACCCGAUGAGGCCUUGCGGCACGGAUGGCUCCGACGGAGGUUACCCCGGACUCCAGCCAAAUCGACGGCCGUCGAGAGUCCGGCUAGACAGGCGCCUUGGCGGACCUCGAGUACCGGCAGCGUCGGUAGCGGGACCAAUAGUCUAGGUGGAGGUCCCGGUGGCGGCAAUGGCGGUUGCAUUAGCGACCGUUCGAGCGGCGGAACCGGUGACUUGAUGGUCCUCGGUGACACUACUUCAGCCAACGGGACAACAGUCUUGGUUCAAUCGACAUCCUCGGUUGGCACCUCAACCUCUGCAGCCGGUAGUGGUCAACAACAGCAGCAGCAGCAACAACAACAGCAACAGAACGGCGGUGGAGCUUGGCCGCCGGUAACUACCAGGGUCUUUAUGAGGACUCGGAGAGCGGCCAUGAAUGAGGCGCUGGCUUUGGCUGGCCAAGGGAGCUCUUCGGCGAGCGCUUCUGGCAUGUCGGUGGCGACCAAAUUGCCCCACAGCGGCAGCACCGGAUCCCUAGCUUCGACAUUGACGGGUCCAGCAGCAGCGGCCGGGCAAAGACGAUACUCUACCCGGUUACCCGUCAUUGAUCACUCGUGCUACCCCAACGGCGUUUCUUCCUAAUGAAACUGAGAGUUUUUACCCCAGCUCUCACAACCAAUCUCCUCCUUGUUUUUUUUUUGUUGUUUUUGUUUGUUGUUUUUUUUUCUCUCGCUCUCUCACUUUCACCCUCUCUCUCUCUCUCUCUCUUUUUUUUACUUGAUAUGUAUUUUACCCCGGCAUUCUCAUUUCACGCGACACGGACGAAACAUUCGUCGUAAGAAGCCAUCGACAGCAUAUGCGUCCUCCUUGUACGCUUUUACUUUGUGUCUCGUCAACUGCCUCCCCUCGCGUCUAUUUCGAGGAGCAGCAAACGAUAAAAGUCAUCAGCCGUUGUCGACUUGUGUUACCCUGUUU